AGAUUUCGAAAUAUGGAAGUAAACUGCGUGAACUCGGACGAGUCCAAAGCCGUCGCUGACGCAAGCAUAGUUGAAUACGCGAAGCAAUUGAACACGAAACUUUUAGAAGCUGCUCGCAUUCUCUCCGGUCUUGUGAAAGGUGUACUGGAAGAAACGGACUCAGCGGUGUUAGGUGUUCCCGAGAAUGCGAAAUGGAUGACCCUACAAUCGGAGAAGCCGGAAUUAGUGAACAGCGUUUAUUUCUCUUUCGACGAUGGGUUUUAUCAACCCAAUCUUCCUCAUGUCCAGGAGCUGAAAGUUUCUGAUCAGUUACCGUGGUCAACGAUUCGCACAUCGCAGCUUUUGCGCUGGGUCGACGAGGAUCGUGCGGAUGCGCUUCUAGAACACCUUGAAGUCCGAAUCGAGAGCUCAGCAAAAAAGCCUGAAGAACUCCAGCGUUGUCUGAAAGCGUGGAAAAGCCUGAAUGAAUCAAUUCAAUUGAAGCGGUUUUCGGACAUUUCCGAAAGGAUCCUCGCGUCGGGCUACGUUCUCAGAAAGAUCGACUGGCUGAAAAUCUCCAAUAAAUUUGGAGGGAAAUUCAGUGAUGUCGAGUGCGAACUCAAGUGGCGCGAAUUGAAAGGACGUGAUUUGAAAGUAGGGAAUACUUGGACGCUGAAAGAAGAUCAGCGAGUGCGUGACAUGGUGAAAGAACUUGGAGCCCGGUUCAGUACGUGGGAGCACAUCGGGGACGAAUUGAAGCGAGAUCCAUUGGCCUGUGCGAAACGUUUUCAUCAGCAUUUGGAUGAAAAUCAAAACGCAAUCAUCACCUCUUCAAUUUCUUCCGUUUUGAAGAAAAUUGCUCUUUCUAAGCGUGGGGAAAUCAUCAACUGGAGAAACGUGAGAGACGCUUCCCCGGAACACAAUUUAACCGACGUCAAAGCCCUUUUCAAACGAUGGAUGGUCAAGAACAGUUACUUUCGGAAAGACGGAGCCAAGUUCAGUUCGGAAGAAACCCUGUUGAUGAUCGCGGGGAUCAUCUUGUUUGGGAAGAAUUUCGACGCUAUGUCUUGUCUUUUUCCGCGAAGAUCUGCGAAACAGUUGCGUAGGCAUCACAAUUACGUAUUGAGUGAAGUGGAAAAUGAUUCAAGACGCACGGAGUAUCGACAAGUUAUGGCUAUUGCGUCGAACGCCCUGCAACUCACUGCUGAGAAAAUCGAAUGCGGUUUGGCGAAAGAACAGAAAUUGACCAAGAGAAAUAUUUUCGUGACUCUUCGCCGGGCUCUCGGGUUUCCGGAUUCUUACGGGGAUUGGAGUAAAACCGCAUUGUGUGAUACAAAGAAACCAGCCCUUGUGAAUGACUGGGACUGUUUUUUGUUUCCGUCUUCUGACACCGUGAUUAUGGACAAGGUUGCAGAUGUGCGAUGUCCUCGGGAUUAUUUGGAUGUCGCGAGCUACCUUAUUCGGCUCGGGAGACAUCGUCAAAAGAUGUUCGUCAGAAGACCCGCUAGUGUUCCCGGGAGUUCCGUGAAUCAGUAUAUGAAUGAGCUGAUGAUCGCUAUGCAAGUACUGGAACUGCCAUCAAUAAUUGGUUGGGAAGUUACCACGUCGUUUCCCAUGCGCCCCAGGAAAGAUCAGGAGUUGACCGAAAGCGAGGCGGAAAAAUGGCUCAUUCCUUUGGGUUCAUCCUUUUUCUCAAAACCUCGAUUCAGUGACAAUAAAUUCAACGUGUUGGAAAAGUUUCCUGGCAUGUGGAUGUUGCAUCCAUCGGGAGAUUUCUUGUACGGCCGAGGCGAUGUUUUCCGAGCUGCUUUCUGGAAAAUAUCAGAAUGCACUCUAAGGUCGGUUUUUGAUGGUCAGAAUCCGAGUCUCGAUUCGGUAAUCGACAGGAAAUUCGUGUGCCCUCCGACGUCAUCACUGAUGGCCGCUUAUCAGAUUAUGGAGGAACAAGGACUAUUUCUACCCUUGGCGAGAAAGUCGCUGAAGAGGAUCGCUUGUGGCUCGUCACGAGAAAGUUCUGUGAUUUUAGCUCAAUGGACUGAAAGUUUGCCUUUGGAAAUUGUUAUCACUGAACCAAAACCUGCGAUAAAAACAUAUUCAAGGAAAAGGAAAUUCGUCGAAGAAAGACCAAUUGUCGACAUCCCUACCACAAUUGUUCCGCAAAGUCCGCAAUUUGUUGACGUAUCCCGGAUAAAAACCUACUCGCGGAAAAAGAGCUGUCCUGAAAACAGUCCAGUCGUCAACAUUCCUUCCGAACCUCUCGCCGAAAAUGUGUCACGAGAGUCGAGUCGAAGUAUGUCAAAUAUUGAAGCCAUGGUUUGGCUGGAUAACGUUGUUGAAAGGCUGUUUUCGUCGGCCAGCAUUCUCAGCAGUGUCCCGGCGGAAUUAUGAGUUGGAUCAAAAUUGUGUUCGACGAAAAAUCUCCUCAGACAGGGGAACGCCCACCGAUAUUGCAGUGGUGCACACGUGUGUUUAUUUAAUUUCUGUUCCACUGCCGCUGUCGUGAUUCAGGUUCUCAGAAAUCGAUGCGAAAUGUGC